ACAAAACGUAGCACGAUAUUUAUAAUCUUGUUUUUAUCUGUGGUUGGUCUUGCUGGUUUUAGAUAGAAUUUGAGACCGAAAUUUACUAAAUUAUAAUUAAUAUCAAAUCAGUAUUGAUAUAUAAACAGUAAAAGUACAAAGAAAUGGCUGCUCAGCUCUUCAACCGAAUUGGACAAGUGGGCCUGGGUGUGGCGCUCGUUGGAGGAGUCGUCAACUCUGCUCUCUAUAAUGUUGAUGGUGGCCACAGGGCUGUGAUUUUCGACAGAUUUGCUGGUGUGAAAAACUUGGUGGUUGGUGAAGGCACCCACUUCUUUGUUCCAUGGGUGCAGAGACCAAUCAUUUUCGACAUCAGAUCCCGCCCUAGAAACGUUCCCACCGUUACUGGAAGCAAAGAUCUUCAAAAUGUGAACAUUACUCUCCGUAUCCUGUUCAGACCGAUCCCUGACCAGCUCCCAAAGAUUUAUACCAUCCUCGGUAUUGACUAUGAUGAGCGAGUACUGCCUUCCAUCACUUCUGAGGUCCUGAAGGCUGUGGUCGCACAGUUUGAUGCUGGAGAGCUUAUCACACAGAGAGAGGUUGUAUCACAGAAAGUCAACGAGAGUUUGACUGAGAGAGCAGCGCAGUUCGGCCUUAUCCUGGACGACAUUUCAAUUACACAUUUGACCUUCGGCAAGGAGUUCACACAGGCCGUCGAAUUGAAGCAGGUCGCUCAACAAGAAGCUGAGAAGGCGAGAUUCCUCGUAGAAAAAGCUGAACAACAAAAGAAGGCGGCCGUUAUUGCUGCUGAGGGUGACGCCCAAGCCGCUGUCCUACUCGCCAAAUCCUUCGGCCAGGCUGGUGAAGGUCUAGUCGAGCUCCGACGUAUCGAAGCUGCUGAAGACAUCGCCUACCAACUAUCUAAAUCUCGCAAUGUUACUUACUUACCGCAAGGACAAAAUGUUCUCUUAAAUCUUCCCACACAGAACUAAUCUUGGUUAAAAACAACGCUGGAACGUGUUCUAUAUAAAUCGGGGUUGGUUCUGUAAAAUGCAUUUGUAUUUACAAAACUAUAAUGUAUAAGAAUGUUGCAUUUGUUGAGACAAUGGUAUGGUUGCGCCAAUAGAUAGUAGUCCAUAUUAGUUUUAUGAAAAAUUGUAAUUACGCAUUAAACUAUAAUUUUGUUGA